AUGGUCCUUUCUCUUUCUACUGUCUUUUUACUUCUGCCUCUCCCUAUGAUUAUCUCUUUCUCCUUCCUUCUCUAUAUCUUCUUUUCUUUUCCUUUUUUUCACCUCAGUCCUCUCUUUCUCUUUGUUUUGUUUUUCAUGCCCUUCUCUUCUUGCUGCUUCUUUUUCUCAUUUUUUACUUUCUUUCUCUUUUACCACUUUCUAUAUCACUUCCUCUUAUCCUCUUAUUUUUUUUCCUUUCCUGCAUUUUCCUUCCUUUUUCUCUUUCUUUUCUUAAUUUUCUGUCUUUGUGUCUUUCUCUUUCUUCUUCUUUUUCUUCAUUUUCAUUACUCUACACAUUCUCCUUUCUUCAUUUUCAUUACUCUAUACUUUCUCCUUUCUUUUCCUUUUUUAAUAUCUUCUUCUUCUUCUUCUUCUUCUUCUUCUUCUUCUUGUUACUGUUUUCUUUACCAAAUGAGCUUUUUUCUCAAUGCCCAUUCUCUCUCUACUUCUUGUACACAUCCUCCUCUUCCCCUCCUUCUCCUCUUCCUUCUCCUCCUCCUCCUCAUUCUACUAAUAUGCCUUAGUUGUACAUGUUGUACUCUUCCUCCUCCUCCUCUUCUUCUUCUUCUUCUUCUUCUUCUUCUUCUUUUCCUCGUCCUCCUUUUUGGCUCUUCUCCUUCUUUGUUUUCUUCCCUUAUUUUUCUCUUCUUUUCCUUAAACAAAAAAAGAAAUCACAAAGUAUAA